AUGAAAGUCUUGAGUUUCCCUUGGACAUCAACCUUCUGUCUCAGGUUCAUCCCUCAGGCUAUGGGUUCUCACCUGAUGCAUCGUACCUUCUUGAAAGUAAGUCAGAUUGGUAAACAGGAUGGGAAUCUAACGGAUGUUACUGAGGAGGACAAUAGUGAGAAUGCGGCGAUUCAUGCAAGCGAGAAGAAGAAGCCGGAGAUCGACCUGCUACGACGACCGAAAGCAGAUGAAGCAUUCAUGUGA